AUGCAGCACUCUACCAUCGCCCUCUUAUUGAGCAACGCCCUGUUGACCUGGGCUGCGACUCCCGCAGGCUUUCAGCCUGCUUCCAAUGUCGAUCUCAUCGUUGCUUACGGUGACCAGUCGGCUCUCAAUGGCGUUGAUUUGGCCAAAAGCCUUACACAAUCGGAGCCUACAGUUGGCACGACGGAGCCCUUGACCGGAAAAAGCUAUGCCCUCAUCAUGGUUGACAUUGAUAUUCCUACCAACAACCCUCCGGCCACCGGUACCUUUCUUCACUGGGCCCAGGCGGAUCUCACUCCCGCCGCCUCGACCACCACAGUCAAGCUGAACGACGGCGAGCGCACCAUUCACACUUUGACUACCAAUGCACAGGCUAUUGCGCCUUACAAGGGCCCUUCGCCACCCGCAAAGGUUCCCCUGUCGCACCGAUACGUCGAGAUACUGGUCGACACCAGCGACAUCACACCAGAAGGAACCGCAGCUCUGCAAACCCUCUCGAACCGUCUGGGCGUUCAAGUUAACGAUGUUCUCACCCAAGCGGGGCUGGCAAACAAGGUGGUGGCUGGCAACUUCUUCAACGUCACCAACGCGGGACCUGCGGCAUAG